AAUUAGACCGGUGCACCCAGCGAAACAGAGGGCCAGUGCGCAGAUAGUACGCAGGCGUGGCGUCGACACAACGCUCAUUCCAUAUUCGAAUUCUAUCGACCGUGCGUGUGCGCGUGGCAUUAUUGUUUAUAAACAAAAACAAUCCUUUAACAAACUCGGAUCAAGAAGGUUGGUGAUAUUUUUUACUGGCUAGUAGUAAUUCGGUUUUAAAGAGUGUUAUCAACCAGAAUCAAAGCUUUGCAAAAUGUCUAACAUUCUUGACUCUCUGGAUUUGGAAAGGGAGUACUCUCCAAGCAGGUGGUCAGAACGCUUUCCAUCGGCUCAGGACGUAUUACACCAUCAUGUCAAAAUAGUCACAGAAGCCAGCGAUGACGCGACCAAUAACAUACCACAUAAACUGGAAAUUGAAUAUGGUUCCACGCCUGGGCAAAAAUUGGACAUACUUGGCACGGAUUUACCAGAUGACUCUCCGAUCCUCGUGUACGUUCAUGGCGGAUAUUGGCAGGAGUUAUCUCGAGAAAUAUCCAGGUACCCAGCUUUGCCGCUCUACCGGUCCAGGGUGAAGACCAUAGUCGUUGGUUACGACCUCUGCCCUGUGGCGACCCUGCCAGAAAUCGUCAACCAGAUACAAAACGCCGCGAGAUUCGUUUUUGAAUAUGCUGAGAAGAUGGGCAGUAGAGGGGUGUACUUCGCUGGUCACUCGGCUGGUGCUCAUUUAGUGGCCAAACUACUAGCUAGCGCGGACUUUCUCGACAGCGCCUUAGGUUCUUCGAGACUUCAGGGCGCUUUCCUUAUCUCCGGAAUUUACGAUCUUCGAGAGGUCAUUCACACAUCUGUCAACAACGCCGUCCAGCUACCAACUGAGUGGGCAAGACCGCUUUCACCCCAGUUUGACUGUUUCAAGCAUCUGCAAGGAAGGAGAAUACGGUUAUACAUCUUAGCAGCACAAAAUGACAGUCCCGCAUUCAAAAAACAAUCUAGAGAGUUCUUUGAAUUGCUGCAGAAUACGUGUUUGAUCCAGCAUAUGUACUUGGAGAUAAAGGAUGAUAUGGAUCAUUUUGACAUAGUAGAGUGUUUCGCGAACCAAGACAACUUCCUCAAGAACUUAUUGGUUCAUGAUGUUCGAAAGCAUUUGUAGAUUCAACUUGUUUGGUAUAUAUUUAAAAGUCAAGAGUUUAAUGAAUAUUUUAUGGACGAAAGUAAUAAGUUAAUAAGUAGGUACAAUAUAAUUAGAUGCGCUAGAUAAUAAAGAAAAUAAAAUAGCUGUCGUAGAAAAUGUAAGCCAUAUUUUUCUAUUAUAUAUUUCUGUUAAGACUUCUAUCGUAAAAUUUUUAAUAAUGAUCACCAGUUUCGUUAAAAUACAAGAAAGUCAUCAUAUACUGGUCAGUCAAUUUUACGAAACUCACUGGAAGGAUCUAACUAAAUUUGACACACUUUCAGCAUCAAUAAAGCAACUUCCAAUAAAUACAACUUUCUCCCACGGGUGUUGAACCAUUUCAUUCGUAUGGUAGGUAGAUAAGCAAAGCGUUUUUGUUUUUUAUGUUUCAUAUUUUCACAUCUCAUUGUAUCUGUAAACUAAAAUGAAAUUAUAUUAGUUGCUUUAUUCAUAGUAGAUACAAUUAGAUUUAAGUGAUGUGACGUCAAUAAGUGAUACCUUGUAUCCAAUUUUGAGGAUAAAUUUAUUCUAUUCUUCUCUGGGCAGGAGCCCGGGGAGCGCCUUUGAACUCUGAUCCUAGAUUGAGAAAGUCAAGUUUUCAUCCGAUCUAAGUUAAAGAUUUAAUCUCGUAAAAACUAUGUUAAAUAGUAAGUACUUAUAAUGAUGUAUAUAUGUAUACAGGUGUAAUAUUUAAUAUUGAAAGUACGUAAUUUGGUUAUUAUUAAGAUUCUGCUUUUUAUUUUAUAACUUUAUGAAUUUUCAAUUUAUUUUGUCAAAUUCUCAUUUAUUAUGAAUUAGGUUAUCUAAUAAGUAUGGUAAUAAUAAUGAUGUUAUUUUCUGAUGUGAUAUAAUGUUAUGAUUAACCUAAAUAAGACUUAUGAUGCUGAACUAGUUUAAUAUAAUUUAAGUUAUAAAUGUUACGAAACCGUCCAGUUGUUGAUUUUAAAAUCUAUACUUCCUUUUUUAGUUUA